UAUAUAUGCGUAUAUCGUGCGCGGCGAGCGGCAGCAAGCGCGCUAUGUUGUUUUGCGUACGCGAGCGUAGCGUGCGUGCGUAACAAACGUUCGUUGCAUCCAAAUCCAAGAAAAAAAAAACGCGUGCAAAUUCAAAAACCCGUGAUUGUGCUCAGUGCGUGGGUGAGUAGUUUGUGUGGCUGGGGAGAAAAGGUACGAAAGGGUCCACACCACUGAGACACCGAGACUACAAAUCGCGAACGGCGCGAGAAUUUCGGGGCUGUGAGAUGCCCGCCGAGUUCAGAGUGCAUUUUUAACCUAACGUUAUCAGCGCAGCGUAGAUAGUGGUGCGCGGCCACACGAAUUGGAUGAGCAAUGUGAACGUGCGUGUGCGGUGCAGUGCCUGGUGAUUUUUAUUUGUUGGUAAUAUUCCUGUGGUUGUGGUGGUGAAGAAUUUGGCGAGGGAGAGCAGGAGUAUAAUAACCAUGGCGUGCAAGGCGCGCGAAGAGAUUGUCGGCAAGAGGUUUCUCUCGGUCGCCAGUGGAUUCAGCAAGCUGAAGCUGGGCAAGAUCGCCGAAUGGGGCUGGCGGGCAGGUGUGAUACGUGCCGCCACGCACAAAGAUAAUUUCCACAAGGAGCUGCAGGUGCUCGUCGAGUACGAUGAUGUGGAGUGGCAUCGACGCGAAUGGAUCAGCGUUUACAAAGAUGGCCUCUUUCACAUGUUCGUCGUCGAGCAGGGCCUCUGCUGGGCGGAACGCACCGAUCCCUUUACGCAUUCAAAGGCCCCUAUUAUUUGGCCUGCACUCACAUUUUCAUCAUUGGUCUCCACCAUAGAUCUCAACGGAAGUAAUCAGCCGGUGGAGUUUCUACUCGACAGAGAAUUGUCAUUCGCUGAUUAUAAACAUCUCAAACCUUACCAGGAUUGGGAUUCAAAAAUACCUGGCGCAAGAGAUUACCCGGAACUGCGACAGGCUGUCAAACGAUGGGCAGAACAACAGGAUGGACAACGCAUCCUGCUGGCGACGCCUAGUGUUUUGGUGGGUUAUCGCGUCGAGGUGUAUCGCGCCGAGGGCACCACGCAAUGGUACACCGCCGUUAUCGUCGGCUACAACGAAGCUACAAGGGACCUGACCGUCACGGAUGAUACCGUGCUGGAAGAACACAACGAAGACCCGACACUGGUGCAGAUGCGCCUCAUCGGUGACGGAGUUGUGGAAUCAAUAAUGCGCGGUGAAAACGUCGGAAUUACACCACGCCGUUCACGUUCGACAGUUCUGCAAGCCCAGCAACAGCACCACCAGCAAACGGGUCGAAUAGUGAGAGGAUUGUCCGGGGUGCACGGUGUGCAGCACACGGGAGCGGCGUCUACGGUGAGCCAGAACACGCGUAAGCAGCGGGCGUUGAAGCCGACGUCGGCGGCGGCGGCAGCAGCGUCAUCGAUCGCCGCCGCCGCGCAACAACACCACCACCACGCGCACCACCAGCAGCAGGCGCAGCAACCGCACCAUCACGACCGGCAGCAGCACAAUCACCAUCACCAGCCGCCGCACGAAUCGAUACGUCGGCAGCGUAGCUGCACGCCGGAACCGCCCGAUCCGAAAGGUGUAGGUGUAAGAGGAAGAAAACGGAAGUCAAGUGAAAACGAGGCUUCCACACCAGGACGACUGAGAAAUACAUCAUAUAAUAAGGAAGACUUGGAAAAUAAGCAGGCUAGGAAUAAAAAGAACGGCGUUCACAAUCGUGGCUCCAAGAAGAAGAUCUUGGAGGAAGCAAACAACAGUAAGUUGCGAGAGGUGCAACGCGAUCGAGUUGAGACCUGCCUGCAGAACGCUAGCGACGACCCGGCGCUCUCGGCUGUCUGCAGGCGAUCAUUCGAGGAGAGCGUCCCCGCCGAGGAGGCUGCUAGCAAUAACAAUAAUAACAACAACGAGGAGGAGGUGGUAGAUAAGGACAGUAAAGGUAGAUCGCGCCAGGAUUCCGGCUCGUCUUCUCUGGAUGCGAACUGUGCGACACCUACAGAGUCCACUGACGACACGCAAUACAGCCGUCGUCGUAGGUCCAUCUUCGUCGUCAUCUGCCUCUGCGGAGGAGUCGCUCGAGAAGGAGCUGGUGAAAAAGGUCAGUCACAGUCUGACCAGUUGGUUAACGAUAGUGCGUUGGAGGAUGACACGAGUAACGGCAGUAGCGUGCAAUUAGUGCCCGCUGGCGAUGAAGUCGUCGCCCUCGGCCCUGUGCAAGAGCCACCCGCAGCCGAGGUCGUGAGCGAGGAAGACGAUUGCGUGAUAGUGGCGCAGCGCACGCCACCGCCCGGCCACCACAGCCGACACCAUCAACAUCAUCGCGCCCUGCUUCAUCGGCGCUCACCUAUCGGCCUGCAGCAUUUGCCACAUCACCACCAUACCGUGGAGCGCGAGUGCUCGCACCGCGGCGACGAUGACGGGCCGCUGUCUGCGUCCUCGCCGUUCAGCAGCAGGAUGGAACUCACCGAAUCCGUCGGCCAUGCAGCGCUGCUCCGCUUUCCGGACGACCGGUCUGAUUCGGGCGUGAGCUCGCUGAGGUCCGGCAGCGGCGAUGAGCGGUCGGGCUCGCGCUCUAGCGCCCUAAGCUCGUCCGACGACCCACCGCCUCCAGCGCCCACCAGCGUUGCCCCUUCAGCCACUCGGUCGCCGCUCUUCUUGACAGCGAGCGCGUCCGGCGCUCAAGUAGCGCCCGCCGCCGCCAGCGGCAGCUCCGAGUCGGUGCGCGUGUGGCGCGACCCUAGCCUGUUGCUGGAGUCCGAGCCGCACGUCCGCCAUAUUCACAGUGUGCAGCACCAGUCGCUGCUCAUGUCGCACCCGUCCGCGCCGGCCGCCUCGGGCCCGCCUCCCACGUCCGCAGCAGCAGCAGCCGCCGCCGCAGCCGCCGGCCAUCACGCCGCUCUAUACGCGCCCAGCCUCAUGGCGACCCACCACGUGCAUCCACAUGCGCUCGCGCCGCCUGGCGCUUUAUACCCACACAUCCCCGAUCCGCUUAUUUGGACCAAGGUACAGCAGCGCUACCCCAUGCCUAUCUCUGCGCACUUGUUACCCCCGCAGGCGCAGCAUGCUGAGGAGAUGCUGGAGCGAGACCGCGUAUACGCGCAGGAUCGCGACCGCCACGAGCGGUUACUGCGCGAGAGACAGAAUCAAGAAACGCGCGAAUUAGAAAAGCGGGAGAAACAGCAUGAACGAUUAGUGGAACGUGAGAGGGAGCACCGUGAUCGUGAAAAACUUGAACGCGACAUCAACAAACAUUUCGAGGAGUCGCUGAAACGCGCCCUACCGCAGAAAGCAUCCGGGUGGAAUUUCAACAGCAUGCCACCACCUGCUCGCGGAAAUGAAGAAGAGAGAAAGCGCGCUGAGCAGGAGCAUCAUCAAAGGGAGCAACAGCUGAGGCAGUUGUCAAAUGCUUCCGCUCAGGCUGCGGCGAGAGCCGAGGUCAGGGAGAGGGAAAGAGUUUACUACCAACCUUCGUCACAACGACCUCCCAAUCAUCCCAAUAAAACGGAUUACCCACCGCCUGCGCAUAGCCGCGGUGUGCCCACUAGUAAAGCAGAGAAGAUGUCUUCUGUGCAUCCGGCGCAUCCCAAGGGCGAAGUGAACAUGUUCGGCUACCCAGCCUAUCACCCGCAUAUCUUCUCGCACGAGCCCAAGGGUAAGGCGCCCGCCGAUCACCACAAGUUGCAGAGCAGUGGCCUGAUAGUGACUAAAAGUGGCAGUGAGCGCGAUCGCGAACGAGACAUGUUGCCUAACCCGCCGCCGCUCAUGAGUGAACUCAAAAAUUCUGUGAUUGUGAAGCACGACGCGAAAAACCAACACCACAUGGAGUCGUCGCGCGUAUCGAUAGCGCACAGCCCUAGUCCAAAGCAGCGCGGCGACCACAUGGGUCACUACCUGACGUCGCCUCAGGGCGCGCACAAGGGCGCGAUGUAUGAGUACCGGAGCCCCACGCAAUCUCCGCAUCAUUUGCCGCACGCUCCGAGUCCCCAUCACCUGCAACCGGAAAAUCUCGGCAAACCACCUUCGCAUCAUCGAUCACCGGGCGGGCAGCUUCCCAGUCCGCACCAUCAGAGGCAGUCGCCGCACCAGCACCCUCAUGCUCAACCGCACGCUUCGCCCGAGAUGCGCUACCGCGGAGGCGACCACCCUACCAUGAUCUACGCGGCCAAUGCCAAAACUAGCUUACCAUCGAGUUAUCCCUACAUGGUGCCCACGACGUCGGUGAAUGCUAAGCCGAAAGUCAGCAGUCCGGCGCCGCACCACAUGUACGGUAAACCCAGCAUUAAUCCAUCGAUGCCGACGUCCCGACCUCAUGAUAUACCUGCUGGUGGUAAUCCGCUCCCGCUCACGUCGAAAUCGCAUCUUUCGGCGACCAUAUCUCCAUCGCCCUAUCAACAGGUGUCGCAGUACCAUCCGCCACAUCCGGGUGCGUCACCUACGGGUGGGCAACAAUUACCCCCACCCGCGCACAGCAGUAGUGCCCAUUCGCGCGAACGUGUAAAUCAUGCCACUUUCGACCGGAUGUUUACCGGCGGCGCGGUUCCUGGUGGUCUGUCGGUCAAGCCUAGUAUGCAACAUGGUACGUCACCACCUACGGCGACUUCGGCGCCAUCCCCUGUUGCGCGUAUGCAUUCGCAGUACAUGCAGGGUGUCACUCACCCAUCGCAGAAUAUUCCUUCGGGUCAUUCCGUGCAGACGCAACCCCUAGAUCUUGGUGUAUCCUCCAACAAGUAUGAUAGCUCGUCGUCGCCCAAACGGAAAGCUACAAGUGUUGGUAAUAAUGUGCCGGUGUGUUUGGAAGUGAAAAAACGGCGGGUAGAGUCAACAACGCCAACCCCUCCACAUCAACAACACUUACCACCGCACUCGCAGUCGCCAUCUCAUAGUCAAAUAUCACACUCGCAUCAUUUAGCGCCCCACCAGCCAGCGCACCAAAUUCCUCAUCAGAAUCUCCCACUAUAUGUCGGGCAACAACAGCCACAGGCUACCCCACAGUUGUCACGUGUGAGCGAACCCAGUCCGCUCGUUGCUAGCGUAGCGACAACAAUAACGACUGUGGUGAAUACGGCUGCUUAUCGAGGGUCCUCUAUACCUACGUCACAAAGCCAUGCUGUUCUCACCGAGGCUCUACCUGAUGUGAGCGUAACUCCCCUAACGUUAACGAAUGUGAGCGUUGUAACUAGUAAUAACACAAAUAACGACCGCCCGCCUAGCCUCGAAAGUUCUUCGUCGGUUGUUUCGAACGCCAGCAACGCGGUGUCUACGUCUAGUGCAAUAAAUAUACCAACUACAGCGACUACGACCACGAGUGUUGUGACAACAGUGGUGGAGCCUAAUACGCCGGUAAAAUCAACAACACCAUCGAACGCCGAUUCUGAAAAGUCGAACAGUCCGGUCCCCACGGCUAAGUCGUCGGGCACGUACCCUGUGAGGCAUUUGAAGAAGGCCUGGCUGCAGCGGCACACUGGUGAAGACGUAGAGGAUACUACCGGUAUGGUUGGCAGUGGUAGUUGUGUUUCCUUACCGCUUAAUCUGAACAACACACCAGCAAAAGAAACGGCACCAGUUACGUCACUGCAUAACAUUGGCAGUAUGGCGGUUAACAGCAUCAACAAGCCUAAGUCAUUUCAGGCCAAAGCGAACAAUCGCAAGACGCACAAAGAAUCUACCACGGCGCUAAAUGGACAUCCGCUCGAUACUGGUAAAAACGAUGAUUCGUCUAGUUCAGACCAAGAGCGAGGUCGCAAGUCACCACCGAAACGCAAACCUCCUAAGGUGAAGCGCAAAGGUGGUGGGGCCCCUAAGAAAGGCAGCGAAGAGAAGAAACAGCGCAAGGUGAGUGGCGGCAGCAACCAGCUGGCGAGCGAGAGCGGAAGUGAUAGCGACAAGGAAUCACUCAGCGAUAAGGAUUCUGAUUCAGGCGCUAGCACCACCGUCUCCACCGGCAAGAAGACCGCUGGCGGCGGCACCACAACUACGGGCAGCGCUGGCGCAGGCGCCGCCAAAGACAAAGAGCCGAGAAAGCGGGGUCGCCGUCCGAAGACAAAAAACGAUAAAGGCGAGGAGCCGCGUGCUAAGAAGUCCAAGGACGACUUGGCGCCCCAGCGCGACCCCUUUCGCAAACCCCCAGUGGGGCAGUUAAGAAAGACAGGUGAGAGUUUUUUACAAGACGGCCCGUGCUUUGAGGUGGCGCCCAAGUUGGCCAAGUGUAGAGAGUGCAGAUGGACGCCCAACCAAAGAUCGAAGAACAUGCCUAACAUCUUUUGCAGAUUCUACGCGUUCAGAAAGCUAAGGUACACUAAGAACGGACAGCUUGCAAUUGCUGGUUUUUCCGAUCCGCACAAAGAUGCCACUGAGGAAGAUUUAAAACUGUGGCUUCCAUCACCAGACACUCCACCAUCCGACCUAGACUUAGACACGUCCAGAUUUCUCCUGAAGCAAGUUGGCGAUCACUUUUGCAAUCUUCUGCUCCAGGAAAAAGACGCGCAGUUCGAACACAUGUCGGAUGAUAAGACCAUAGCGUGGAAGAGAGUCGUCCAAGGCGUGCGUGAAAUGUGCGACGUAUGCGAAACGACGCUUUUCAACUUCCAUUGGGCGUGCGGAAAAUGCGGCUUUGUUGUCUGCUUGGAUUGCUACAAGGGUCGAAAGGCUGGUACGGUGAAAAUCUGGGGAGAACCAGGUAAAGAUCGCGACGAUUUCUCCUGGCUGCUCUGCACCAACCGACAGGCACACGAGCACGAGAAACUGAUGCUCACACAAAUCAUUGCGGGCGAUUGUCUGCUGAAGCUGGGCCGUCUAGUGCACGAAAUGCGUGAACUGUGGAAUGUUGAGCAGUAUUGCGGGUGUCCGAUUAGUAAGGAAACUGGGCAGAAGUCCAAUGGUCAACGCAAGGAUCUUAUAAAGAGCAUCUUAUCGGCAGAGCUGAAUGGUGUCGUUGUAAAGAAGGAGGCUGAAGAGGAGAAAGACAUCAAACCAGUUGUCAAUGGUGGAAGUAUAAAGGAUGAGAAAAGUGGAUUAAACUGGUUUGCGGACGUGGCUUUGGCGAACAACGAUGAGAAGAAGAGCGAUGAUAGCAGUGACGACGACAGUAGUUUUUCCACACUCAGAGAGUUGUUGAUUAGACCAUCGCAUAAACCAAAUGGCAGCCGAGCGGGAAGUCCUGUACCAAAUGCCGCGCCGAAGAAGAAAAGUACUGUUAGAUUGGACACACUGGACGAGGUGAUUUCCAGCGUUAUUGAAGACAGCGUGCCGAAACUUGAGAAUACAGGCGAUCAUAAGGAAUUAAAACAUUUCGUUCCUCGGGAAAACGCCCUGGCAAAAACGCGGGGUAUGUUGCCGAUUCGCAUCAUGACGCUCACAGAGAGCAAACUUUUGUAUCCCGAGGUUCCGCAUUCUUGGCUGUGUGAUGGAAAGUUGCUCAGAUUAAGCGAUACUACCCACUCUGGCAACUUCAAAAUCUUCCAGGAUCAAUGGAAACGUGGCCAACCUGUUUUGGUAAGCGAUGUUAGCAAGCACCUCUCGAAAGAUCUGUGGACUCCCGACGCCUUUUCGAGGGAUUUCGGUGACGAGAAGAACGACCUUGUCAACUGCAUGAAUGGUUCCACUCUUGUCAAUCAACCGAUGAGAAAGUUCUGGGAAGGUUUUGAACAUUUCACCAAGCGGUUGAAGGACGACAAGGGCAACCCCAUGCUGCUCAAGUUGAAGGAUUGGCCACCCGGUGAGGACUUCGCCGAGUUGUUACCUUCGCGCUUCAACGAUCUUAUGCGCGUGCUGCCGUUAUCGGAAUACACUCAUCGUAACGGCAAACUCAACCUAGCUAGUCGUCUGCCCGAGUGCUUCGUCCGACCUGACCUGGGGCCAAAGAUGUACAUCGCCUAUGGCUCUGCACUCCACCCGUCCAAAGGCACUACCAAUCUUCAUCUGGAUAUUUCUGAUGCUGUGAACGUGAUGGUUCACGUCGGUAUACCGAAGGACAGCGACACCGAUGAGCACAUCAAGGAGGCGUUCCGCGCCAUCGACGAGGCCGGCUGCGACAUUCUUACCAGACGCCGCGUUCGCGACAAAGGAGAACUUCCGGGUGCUCUCUGGCAUAUUUACAACGCGCGCGACGCGGAUAAAAUACGUGACCUGCUCAAUAAGGUGGUCGUCGAGAAAGGCGGUUUGUUGAAACCUAAUCAUGAUCCCAUCCACGACCAGAGUUGUUAUCUGGACGGUCCGCUGCGGGAACGCCUCUAUAAGGAAUACGGUGUUGAGGGGUACGCCAUCGUGCAGUGCCUGGGCGAUGCAGUGUUUAUUCCCGCCGGCGCUCCUCAUCAGGUGCGCAACCUGCACAAUUGCAUCAAGGUGGCCGAAGAUUUCGUCUCGCCAGAGAAUGUCUCACACUGCUUCCACCUCACCCAGGAGUUCCGUGAUCUUUCCGAUACGCACUCGAACCAUGAGGACAAACUGCAGAUCAAGAACAUCAUCUUUCAUGCCAUCAAGGACUCGCUGUCCGGUCUCACGUCGAUCGUUAACAAGCACGUCAAGAGCGAGAAGGACGCUUCGCCGGAACGCAACGGUAACAACGGCACCGGCGACGCGCCGCACAACGCGACAACGGACUCCAACGUGGAGCCGGCUUAAACUUGUGAUAAUAGUAGAACGCUUACGGAUAGUUAGAAAUGACUACUAGUACUGCAAGAACGUUUAACGACUGUUGAGUACUAAAGUGAUAAGUGGCGAAGAAACGAUUGUCGAAAAGUGUAAUAUUUUAAGGGGGACAAUUUAAAAUUAAUGUGUGUACGCACGAGAUGAUGUUUUUGUUUUCGUUUUGUUUUUUAUUACAAUGAUAAUAUUCGGUGUGUACAUAUUUUGUACAUUUAUUAUUGACUUGAAUGAAAUGCUGAAUAUGCACGGUUUAUCUUCCUGUUAGUAGUGACUCGUGAUUCGAUACCGAUCACCAGUUGUAAUUAGUCUACUCUCUAAACAAAAAUGAAAAAAUGAUAAGAAACUCGAAAAUACGAUAAAAGAAAAUACUGUUGUUGAAACUACGAGUACUUCUAUGUGGGAUGCUCUUCGUCGAUUUGCGCGAAGGCCUGCGAGUUAUUCAUAACUAUAUCAAUGUUGUUUCUCAUAAAGAAAAAAUAACAUAUAAAUAAGCAGCGGUAGGGCAGCUACGUUUUGCAAAACAUUUUUUCGAAAAGAAAAGAUUAUCUAAUUAAUUAAUUCUUAAAAAGACGGAAAGUGUCGAUUUUGAAAAAAUCGCUGAACUGAAAAUAUUCAAAAUUAUAUUUAAUUUUUGUUUUGUUACAUACUACGCUUAGGAGUUAAUAUUCUUUUUGUAAAGAGAAAAAGAACGACAAAUUUUUGUUACUAUUAUACUUGGUAGUUGACAUGCGAUUGAUUGCAAGACGUGUACAACUAAGACACACAGAAACACGUUUAAUUAAGCAAAGAUGGAUGGAAUUAAAGAGAUAAGAAGUAAACGCGUUGCUUUUAUUUUCUCACCUUGAUUUGAAUUCGUUUUCACUGUUUGCAAGGUAGCUGGUCUACUGGUAAUAUCCACAUACAUGAUGGUUAUUUUUGUCACUUUGUAUAACUGUGCCUGUUACGAUGUAAUGAAACAAAUACGACAAAUGUUAAAUUGCAAUUCAGUAUUUACACUAUUUGUUGGGUGGGUUACUCUAUGGAAAAAAAACUAACUUUAAAUCUAACUGAUAACACACGAAAAAGAAAAACUGAAAAAGUGCUAUUUCGUAUAAAAAAGUGCCAAUUAAGAUUAUUUUUAGUGAUCGCUCGAUCUUUUGAUGAUCUCGACUAAUUAUAUUAUUACUAACAACGAUUUUAUGAAACUUUAAAUUUACACUUGAUACAAAAUCAUGCUAGGAGACUUCGAUGAGAGCGUUUAGGUUUAUCACCAAUAUUAUACAUACGCAGCACAUAAGUUUAUUAGUUUUUUAACGGCUCGCGUGACGGCGACGAUAAUUGUUUAUUUUAAGUAGGAGAAGGAACUUACUCUUCGUUUUUAAAGUGAUGACUGUACAGUAGACAUAGGAUUUUUUGUACAGAACUAUCUUAAAGUACCUUCAAUGUUUGUUUCCCUUAUUGUUCUUUCUUUGGUCCAAAAGAUGUAUAAAUAAUAAAUGAAGCAAGGAACAAAUACAUGAAAUAUAAAUACA